AUGAUAUUCUCAUUUCUAAGCGAUCCCGAAUAUUUCUCCCUUGUGCUUUAUAUCAUUGGCGUUUUCUCAUUUCCAAUUCAUUUAUUUGGGGGUUACUGUAUUUUAUUCAAAACUCCGCCCACAAUGAAACAUGUCAAAUGGGUCAUGUUCAAUCUACAUUUUUGGAAUUGUUGGUUGGAUUUAACGCUGAGCACAUUGAGCCAACCAUUUAUUAUUCCACCGGUUUUUGGGGGAUUUUUUCUUGGAAUGUUGUGUCCGUUGGGUAUUAACAUGAAGUUGCAAGUCUAUAUGAUGGUUACACAGAUUAUGAUGGUCGCCGUUGCCACAAUUGCCAUAUUCGAGAAUCGCUUCUUCCUCCUCUUCGCUGAAAACACCUUCUGGCGUCAUGGUCGAAAACUCUUCUACGUCAUCAACUACUCCCUAGCACUAUCUUAUUUCCUACCUACCGUACUCCAGAUUCCCGAUCAAGAAUUGGCGCGAAAAGAGAUUUUCAAAAUGUACCCAUCGAUUAUCCAUUUCGACCGUCCUAGUCGCCCGAUUUACGUCGUCGCUUAUGAUAUGGAAAUCCGAGAAUGGAUCGGAUAUCGGCAAUUGAUCAGUUUGUGUACUGUAAUUGUACAAGGCGCUACUUUUUUGAUACUUUUGCAUUUCAACAUUUGGAAAUCUACGAAGAAUAUGACCAUGUCUGAGACUACACUGAGAUUGCAGAAGGUGUUUUUGAGAGCGGUUUAUUUGCAGAUUGCCAUCCCUGCUACGGUCAUGAUAAUCCCUCAAAUCAUCAUGGAAAUAUUGGGAUAUCUCUAUCUUAUGAGUCCAGAGAUGAAUAGUAUUGCCUAUAUGUUAAUGUCGGUACACGGAGCAUCUGCAACACUUAUCAUGUUAUAUUUUCAUGCUCCGUAUCGAGAAUUCUGUCAAAAAGUUUUUUGUAAAAAAGUUAGAGUUUUAAAUGGAAUCGAGAGCAAUCAAUAUGUGGACACAACUGCGUCGAAUGUGGUUCUAGCAGGAUGA